AUGGCGCCCGCCCUGCCCAGCAGCUACAUCGACGCCUACAAUCCCACAGGCUUACGUCAAUAUCCUCGAAGAGAUGUUGCCGAGGUUCUGACUCCAAACAGCACCCAGAGGGUGACCCUGAUAGUCGGGGCUUGUUAUAUCGUCGCUAUCGCUAUAUUACCUGUGCUCGAGAAACUUAUCUAUCCCUUCAAGCUUCUGACUGUUGGCAUGCACGAGAUGUCGCAUGCGUUAGCUGGAGUGUUGACAUGCGCCACCGUCGAAAAGAUCACUCUCGACCCUCAAGAGGGCGGGUCCACACGGAUGCGAGGGGGAAUACCAGCAAUCACUCUUCCUGCCGGCUACCUUGGAUCCUCCUUCAUGGGCGCUUGUCUCGUCGCUUGCGGGUUCGAUACCAACGCCUCGAAAGUCGCCUGUCUGAUCUUGGCGUUCAUUUGGAUUUUGACAUUGUGGUGGGCAAAGUCGAGUUGGGUGGCUUGGGCUACGAUUGCAUUGAUGGUUGGACUCGUCCUGGUGUGUUGGCUAGUCGCCGAUUCAGUGGCAUUGCGGUUCUUGAUCCUAUUCAUUGGAACAAUGUCUUGUUUCUACGCCAUUUGGGAUAUUAUAGAUGACACUCUUGCUCGUAAAGUCAACACCUCCGACGCGAGCGAGUUUGCCAAGAUGAUCGGGUGCUGCGGCUCACGCUUCUGGGGCGCCUACUGGCUCCUUGUCGCUUGCUGCUUCUUCGCGGCUGGUGUGCUCGUGGGCAUCGCAGCGUUCAAAGAUGACUGGGAUACUCAAGCGAGUAAGGCCCGGAACUUCUUGGGGGGUACACCUUAG